CAAAAACUUUUGCACCAUCAGUUAAGUUCUAAAACAGCAUCAGUGCAGUUUUUCCAAAUUAAAAAAAAAUAAAUAAACAAAAAAUAAUAAUAAAAAAAAUGUUUAAAUUAUUUUGGUUUUUAGUCAUAACAAUAAUAGUAAAAAAUGCAGAAAGUCAAAUUGGCUUUACAUCUAUACCCUGUACACAACGUCAUCCGAAAAUAGUCGGUGGCCUAGAGGCAGAACGUCAUGAAAUGCCCUAUAUGGUAAGUUUAACACGACGCGGUAGACAUUAUUGUGGGGCUACAAUAAUACACGAAAAAUGGAUAGUGACAGCGGGUCACUGUAUCUGCAAUGGACUGAAUAAUUUUAUGAAAGCCUCACACAUCCAAGGUGUAAUGGGACUGCAUAGUAUAUCACAAUAUUUGAAUGGCAUAGAUAAUGAACGCGAUGGAGAGGUGCCCAUCAAGGUGAACUUUCAAAGUAUUGUACCUCAUCCCAACUAUAAAUGUACAAAUACACAAAAUGAUAUUGCUUUAAUGGAAUUAAUACAACCCAUACGAUUUUCCCGCCACAUACAGCCUAGCUGCUUGUCUUCCGCUGCUAGUUUGAGAAAUCAUGAAAAUGAAGUGGCUACCGUUUCGGGCUGGGGUUGGACUCAAGAGGAUCAAGCUGUAGGCGAUAUAGCCGAUAAUUUACGCAAAGCUGCCGUAAGAGUUUGGAAUAAUAAUGCUUGCGAAAGAUCAUAUCAGCUGAAUGGUAGACCUAAUAGCAUAAUCACAGAUACACAAAUGUGUGCGGGCUAUGAAAAUGGCGGCAUUGAUUCAUGUUGGGCCGAUUCCGGCGGCCCUUUAAUGUCCAAGGAAAAUUUCCUUAUUGGUGUUGUUUCUACCGGUAUUGGUUGUGCUCGGCCUGGCCUACCAGGCAUCUAUACGCGCGUUAGCAAAUAUGUUUCUUGGAUGGAAUCUGUGAUAUUUCAACGUAAUUGAUGAUUUUAAGUCAAAUAUUUUGAAUUGUACUGUGAUAUUUGUUAGUUAUUUUAAAUGUUAAGUUGUAGUUUUUAAUAACUUAGUUUUAAAAUCAUUAGAUGCUUAAAAAUUGUUAUAAAUAAUGUUUUAAAAUAAAA